CUCACCUGCGGCUUAAACCCUUAUCACCUCCCAACCGCCGCGUGCUCUCCCGCAUCUCCGCCGACUCGUCUCAUCCUAGGGUUUUGCUGCCGCCAUGGCGACGGCGUCGCGCGCGCUCCUCCUCUCCCGCGCGGCGCUCUCGCCGCUCCCCGCCGCGGCCGCGGCCGCGUCCGCGUCCCGCCGCCUCCCCGCACUCCUCCGCCCGCUCGCCGCGGCCGCGAGCCUCCUCCCGGCGUCGGCGGCGCCGUCGCCCGGUGCCGGGGUGCGGUGCUUCGCGACCCAGCCGGCGACGUCCUCGCUGCGGGAUUCGUCCCCCAACUGGAGCAACCGCCCGCCCAAGGAGACCAUCCUCCUCGACGGGUGCGACUUCGAGCACUGGCUCGUCGUCAUGGAGCCGCCCCCGGGCGAUGCCGGGAAUCCCGACAUCACGCGCGACGAGAUCAUCGAUGGCUACAUCAAGACCCUCGCCCAGGUCGUCGGGAGUGAGGAAGAAGCUAGGCAAAAGAUAUACUCGGUGUCAACUCGUCAUUACUUUGCUUUCGGUGCCCUUGUAUCCGAGGAACUUUCUUACAAACUAAAAGAGUUGCCCAAGGUCCGCUGGGUUCUUCCUGAUUCAUACUUGGAUGUGAAAAAUAAGGACUAUGGGGGAGAACCAUUCAUAAAUGGGGAAGCUGUUCCUUAUGAUCCCAAAUACCACGAGGAGUGGGUCAGGAACAAUGCUCGUGCAAAUGAAAGAUCUCGGCGCAAUGAUAGGCCCCGCCACUUCGAUAGGUCAAGGAACUUUGAGAGGAGAAGGGACAACAUGCAGAACUUCCAGAACCAAAUGCCACCCCCUGAUUUCCCUCCGCAACAUGCUCAGGGCAACAUGCCUCCGCCUCCACCGCGUGGCGGCCUGCCAAACUACCAGCAAGGUGGUGCUCCUGGCUACCCACAGGCGAGCUAUACCCCUGGUGGUGCCCCUGGCUACCAGCAAGGUGGUGCUCCUGGCUACCAAGGUGGACCUCCUGGGUAUCAAGGUGGUAACCAAGGUUACCAAGGGAGCCCAGGCCCAGCUUACCAAGGUGGUAACCCUGGCUACCAAGGUGGCAACCCACCACCACCUCCUUACCAGGGUGGUAACCCCAACGCGCCUCCUCCAUACCAAGGUGGUGGCAAUCCUGGCUACGGUGGUGGUGGCCCAGGCUACCCAGGCCAAGGAGGCAACUCGAACUACCAAUGAGCAUGACAACGUGCGUAUGCAGGCAUCCCCUUUCCAGAGUACUCUUUUGGAAGAGAUGGUGUGCAGUAGUAUAAAUCAGACACUUGUUGCUGUCUGAUUUUCAUGGUUUUUCAUCGCUGUACUGUAUUCACCUAAUUAUUCCAUAAUACUCGGAACUUGUGCUUGGUGUCGAAUGAUGUUUCUGGAAGUCUGAUAGUAUGUAAUAGCUGCUCUUUAUGCACUUUUGUUGCCCUUGUUUGCUGAACUA